AUGAUUGUUUUGCAGGAGUGAAUUUCGAUUUUUUCGACAUGGAAUAUAGAAUGUUUUCGACUCCUGAAGAUUUGCUGCUUUCGCAGUAAAUUUGGAUCUGCUUCUGUGCUACUGAGUUGGCUUGUCGUUGCGGAACGUGGCCAAAUGAUUAUUGCUGGAGAAAUCGAGAAAGAUAUGAUCCAUGAAAAUUCCGGAUAUUUUUCAUAUAUCGAUCAUGUGGACGCAGGAGGUGGAAUUUUCGUUGAUUUUACGUGUAAAUUGAAAAAAAAUGGUGAAAUUUGUAUUGUUUGGUUGCACAAACUGCCCCAACCGCAUGGCUAUCGUUUGUCUACUACUCAUAUCCGGUAUUUGACUUGCAAAGGAGGUGAAUUCAACUGGCCACUCUUCGAGUUGAACAGCGACUGGAAAAUGCUGAAGGAAGCAGUCGAAAAGUAUUGCAAAACAGAAGAGUUUGAGGAGCAUUAUAUUCGUCGAGAAGAUUAUUUGUCGCAUGCUCCUAUUUCGGCAAAUGAGGCUGGGCAGACACGCUUCUGGUUGGCUGUUGCAAAAAUGUGCGAUGAUUUACGAAUAAAUCAGUGUUUACCAAUAGCAACAUGGCAUUCAGCUCCUCUCAAACUUUACGGUGGCGUACAUCAUGUAAGUUUUUGUUCAACCAACGCAUGUAGUAUGUUUUUGGGUAUCACAGAAAGUGGUAAAAAGCAAAGAUUUUUUUGCAAACGGCAGAAAAUAAAUGACAGAAAAUAA